AUGAGGAAUCAACACGUGAUAUAUUCAAACUCAAGAGUUUUUGAGUCCUCUUCAGAGUCACAGAGUCCAGCCAGUCAGGAUGAGACUCACGGUUCUAGAGAGGUUUGCCAGAAAGUGGCUCUUGGGAUCCUUUGCUUACUUCUGAUGACGGCAAUUGCAGUGUGGCUAACAUACAGCAAAUGUGCUGAAGCACGCUUGUUCUGCUGUGGAAUAAAAUGUUAUUAUUUCAUCAUGGACAAUAAACCCUGGAAGGACUGUAAGCAGACCUGCCAGGACUGCAGCUUAUCCCUUUUGAAGAUAGAUGAUGAUGAUGAACUGAAGUUUCUAAAGUACCAGUUUACUACAAACAGUUUCUGGAUUGGAUUAUCUUAUGAAAUAAGCAAAAGCAAAUGGGAAUGGAUUGACAAUGGCACAUCUAAAUUAUUACUGCCUACUGCAAAAGAAGCUUCUCUGACCAAGGUAGAAAACAGCUACAUGCCCACUUAA